ACACUUUGAAGACAAUUUUGUCUAUAAUAAUCAGGAGUUUUGGCCCUUAAUAUUGAUGUGGCUUCGCUAUAUAGACGAUCUAUUCUUUGUCUGGCAAGGGACAGAGGAAUCACUAAAACUAUUUGUAGAUCACCUCAAUUCCAGGAUUCCAACCAUAAAAUUCACUUUGGAGUAUGAUAGAAAUCAGAUACACUUUCUAGACGUGACAGUCAGGCUACAAGAUGGGAAGUUCUCCACUGAUAUAUAUAGGAAACCGACUGACAGAAUCACUUAUCUAAAUCCACACAGUUUUCACCCACCCUCUACAAUCAAAGGGCUACCAUAUAGCCAAAUGUUACGAACAAGACGCAUUGUAAGUGAAGAUGACAAAUUUGAAGAGAGAGCAGAAGAAAUGAUGACCCACUUUGAGAGUAGAGGCUAUGGGACAGAUAUGUUGGAAACAGCCAGGGAGAAAGUAAAAGAUGGACCAGAGGUUAAAACCAUGGGUGGCGGAACCUCCAAUGAUGGCCUAUAAAAGAUCAAGCAACCUGAGGGACCAUCUGGUCCAUGCGUUAAUUGAACCACAAAAGAAGCAAGGUACUUGGCUGAGUGGGGCUAAGGGAAUGUUUAAGUGUGGAAGGUGCGUUAAUUGCAAUUUUGUGAUGCGCACAGAUAAAUUCUAUCACCCGAUGACGGGUAGGGAGUAUGAAAUGACAGACUACAUAAAUUGUCAGACUGACUAUGUCAUAUAUAUGGUAAAAUGUCCUUGUGGUAAAGUAUAUGUAGGGGAAACUACCAGGUCCCUCAGUAUUAGGAUUGGGGAACACAGAAGUGAUGUUAGACUUAAGAAACAUACAUCCCUUUGGCAAG